UCCUCUCUUACUCUGCUUGCCAUGCACUCAUCCUCUACCCAUCCCUCUCCCUCUAUUUCUAUGUCUUCCCCUUUCUCUCUCCCUCUUUCCCUCCUCUCUCCCUCUUUCCCUCUCCUCUCUAUCCCCUUCUCUCUCUCUCUCUCUCUUUCCCUCUCUCUUUCCCUCUCUCUUUCCCUCACCAUCUCUCCCACUUUUCUCUUGUUUACAGACAGUAGUGAGAGUGAUUUGGAGCUGUCUACGGUUCGUCACCAGCCAGAAGGCUUGGACCAGCUGCAGGUUCAGACCAAGUUCACCAAGAAGGAGCUCCAGUCUCUAUAUAGGGGCUUCAAGAACGAGUGUCCCAGUGGUUUGGUUGAUGAAGAGACGUUCAAGACCAUCUAUUCUCAGUUCUUUCCCCAAGGAGACGCCACCACCUAUGCACAUUUCCUGUUCAAUGCGUUUGAUAUGGACAGAAAUGGCUCUAUUCGUUUUGAGGACUUUGUGAUCGGCCUGUCUGUUCUUCUGAGAGGGACAGUCACAGAGAAACUCAACUGGGCCUUCAACCUGUAUGACAUCAACAAGGAUGGAUACAUCACUAAAGAGGAGAUGCUGGCUAUUAUGAAGUCCAUCUAUGAUAUGAUGGGCAGGUACACCUACCCCAGUGUACGGGACGAGGCACCCUCUGAACAUGUGGAUAAGUUCUUCCAGAAAAUGGACAGAAACCGAGAUGGAGUGGUGACCAUUGACGAGUUCAUUGAGACCUGUCAGAAGGAUGAGAACAUAAUGAACUCCAUGCAGCUUUUUGAGAACGUGCUCUAGACCCCAGCAGAACGUUCUACGCUAUUCCCCCAACAUCCGAUCCUGUACUUCUGUCUAUACACAAUUUCUGUCCAAUCCCAAGACACACACACACACAAACUACAUCUAGUGCAGUAUGUAUAGGAUUAGCUAAUCCACAGAUAUGUCCAUGUGUAGAAACUAGUUUCUUUACUGCUGCACUAGUCUCAAACUGCCACUGCUUCUGGACUAAAGAGAACACUAGAGAAAGAGAAGAGAGCUAGUGGGACCUCUGCUACUUUAAAGAUUCUCAGCGUCCCAGAAAAAAAGGAAAAAGGACCAAACUGCUCAACACUGCUGAUCCUAUGAGCUUCUAGUACUCUGCCUCCUCGUUGGACCCAAAAGACAAAUGACCAAUCAAAUGAUGGAGAGUGUGAGAGUGGAAAUAGAGGAGAAAAACCAAUCACGAUGUUGCUGGCCUCCAGAUAAGGAUGCUGUAGCUAUAACACACAGUAUCUUGGCACUUAUACAUUCUGUACACACACAUACUAUCUGUCUGCACAUAAACAUACUACACACACAUACACACACACACACAAUCUCCCCACACUCACAAAUGCUGUACAAAACACACACACACACACACACACCCUUCCCACCCAGCAGAGGCUUGCCAGGAAAGGAUAUAUGUGGACACACUGACACACUUCUCUGAAGAGUGUUUGAGAGAGUUGAUGUAGCCUACAGAAAGCUGGACUGAUCCUGAGCAGGGGCACCGGCACCAAACACCACAGGGACACUAAAAAGAAAAGAACUGAAGCAUGUUUGUCAGAUGUGAUGUGUGAUUUGCUUGCACUAAGAAUUGUUCAUAUUGUACAAUAUGCACCAGAAGAGAAUGCAUUGAUUGUAAAUGUAGAUAGUCACUGUAGACCACUAAAGAAAAACUCAGUGUGUAUGUAGAUAUGUAUAGACAGUAAUAUAUAAUAAUAGCAUCCUAAAGCCAGGUGUCAAGCUCUCACCUGUACUCCACUAUGGGUUACAGGUGUUAAAGUUAAGGCCGGACCAAAUCUGUGUGGAUGUUUUCUUACCACUUACAAAACACUAAUUAAUAUAAUUGUAGCCUAACAUGUUUAAUAUAAGAAUUAUUGGAUCAUUUGAUCCUACAGGUAUCUUGAUUAAUUUCAAGUCAAUUCUGGAGUGUAAAGGUACCCCUACGGUCGGUGGGUUCUAUACCUACUGGUUGCGUCUGGUCAUAGUUCUAAGUGACACAGGGAGGUUCGCUGGUUCUGCUCUGUCACCAACGGACCUGCGAGUCAGAAUAAGCUUUAGAUGUACAGUAUGUCAGUGCCACCUUAUAAUAUGUGUAAUAAUAAUAAGACGGAUAUACUAAGAUGUAUAUGUGUUGUAAACUAAAGCCAUCCUCAGAGGAAUACAGAGUAUACAACUAGGGCUUGAUCCCUCUUCUUAAUCCCUCAUCAGAGUUUUUGUUUUGUUAAUGACCCAACUGGCACCCUUUCAAAAGUAGUGCACUAUAAAGGGAAUAGGGUGCCAUGGCCCUGGUCAAAUGUAGAGCACUAUAAAGGGAAUAGGGUGCCAUUUGGGACCUCUAUGAUGUCAUCAUCUGAGGUAUGAGCACUGGCCACUAGUGAUGACAUCACUAUACUUACCUAUCCUAAACCAUGAUAAGGUAUUUGUUUGUUGUUGUUGUUGUACUACAUAUAUAUAUACAGUAGUGAAUACAGGAACAGUGUUCCUGUGGCAUAAAGUAUCAUUACAUUUUCUCAUUGAAACCAGGGACAAUUCUGAGACCAAAAUCCUGAUAUGGUAAUACCACCAUUUGUACCUGUAACAUGUUGACAGCUCAGACUGCAGAAAACACAGCCCUAUACCCAGCCCAACCUCAUACCCCAAUACUUAAGCCCUAACUAUAGCCCCUAUCCCAAGGCCCUAUACUUUACCCAGUGGACCUGUUCUAGGAAAUCACAUGUUGUCUCAGAAGUAGAGUGUUGUAACAGAGGUUCUCUGUCUCUCCCAUAACAACAUAACUCAUGUGACCUAGCCUAGAACAGAUUAGGUAUGUCCGUGUGUGUGUGGCAUGAAUGAAUGAAACAGACUAGAGACCAGACCAUGGAACUAAAGCAUACACAGACAGCAUGGCCUGGCCUAGAGCGCUCUCUCUCUUUCUCACUCACACACACAUAAAGUCAUGCAGUAAAACUGAAGGAAACUGUGGUUAUUGCCCCAGUCCACAUUUCAACAGUAGGAGGAUUGCACAAUAUUACAGUGCUUCUGAUGUCCAUAAUAUAAUCUGGAGACAUAGUUUUUUAGCAGGCCUACAUUAAAGCAGUAUUGUGUUUCUCCCCCCUCCUGGUCUUGUUUUAGGUGACCUAUUUGGCCAACCUGGAACCAUGUUUAGACGUAACAUAGUAAACUUAAAUCCGCGACACUCCAGUUACUAUGAUAUGUAACGUUUCGUAUGGUAUGUAUUAAUUUGUGGAAUUCCAUCAUCCAUUUCAUGAUAUGUUAUGAUAUGCUAUUUGGGGCGGCAGGGUAGCCUAGUGGUUAAAGCGUUGGACUAGGUUGCAAGUUCAAAUCCCCGAGCUAACAAGGUACAAAUCUCUCGUUCUGCCCCUGAACAGGCAGUUAACCCACUGUUCCUGGGCUGUCAUUGAAAAUAACUAUUUGUUUUUAACUGAC